GUCGGUGGCGCCCGGCGCUGGCGCACGUUCUCACGCUUCCUUCAUUGCGUAGGCCGCCACCUCGCUCAUUCUGCCUACUGCAACCUCGCUCCCUGCCUGCCUCUGCACGGCGCGCGCCCAGACCCUCGAGCCUCUGCCCUCGGCGUCGUCGUAUCCACUCAGAGAAUGCGGCAGUGGGCGUACGGCUCCUCUACCGCCGCAGACACUUGCCGCAUGCCAUGCCAUGCCCCCCUCCCAGCUCCCCACCAUGGGGUAUAAGACGAUGACCAGCCAUGCCACCCCCCCUCCUCUGCCUUCCCAUCCGAUUCCCCCGGCUCACCAGCACAUCUCACCAUGGGAGACAUCAACCUCUCGCUCACCCCCUUCGGCAUCGCGCGCUCGACCGUCAAGGGCGAGCCCCUCUCCGAGGAGGAGCUCCGCAAGACGGACGCCUACCUCCGCGCCUCGCUCUACCUCUGUAUCGGUAUGAUCUACCUCCGCGACAACCCGCUCCUCAAGGAGCCGCUUAGCCCCAAGCACCUCAAGGCCCGUCUCCUCGGCCACUGGGGCUCGGACACGGGCCAGGCGUUCACCUGGAUUCACAUGAACCGCCUCAUCAAGAAGUACGACCUCGACGUGCUCUUCGUCUCGGGUCCUGGCCACGGUGCCCCCGCCAUCCUCGCCCAGUCGUACCUCGAGGGCGUCUACUCCGAGGUGUACCACAGCAUCACCGAGGACGAGGAGGGCUUGAAGCGCUUCUUCAAGCAGUUCUCGUUCCCCGGCGGCAUUGGCUCCCACGCCACGCCCGAGACGCCCGGCUCCCUCCACGAGGGCGGUGAGCUCGGCUACUCGAUCUCGCACGCCUUCGGUGCCGUCUUUGACCACCCCGACCUCAUCGCCCUCACCAUGGUCGGUGACGGUGAGAGCGAGACCGGCCCCCUCGCCACCUCGUGGCACUCGACCAAGUUCCUCAACCCCAUCACUGACGGUGCCGUCCUUCCUGUUCUCCACCUCAACGGAUACAAGAUCAACAACCCCACCGUCCUCUCGCGUAUCUCGCACGAGGAGCUCGAGGCGCUCUUCAUCGGCUACGGCUGGAAGCCGUACUUUGUCGAGGGCUCCGACUUCACCACCAUGCACCAGGCCAUGGCCGCGACUCUCGAGCAGGCCGUGUCCGAGAUCCGCGAGUACCAGAAGCAGGCCCGCAGCACCGGCAAGGCCUUCCGUCCUCGCUGGCCAAUGAUCAUCCUGCGCUCGCCCAAGGGCUGGACAGCGCCCCGUGACGUCAGUGGCCACCACCUCGAGGGCUACUGGCGCGCGCACCAGGUCCCCAUCCCCGACGUCGCCAGCAACCCCGAGCACCUGCGUCUCCUCGAGUCGUGGUUCAAGGCCUACAAGCCUGACGAGGUGUUUGACAAGAACGGUCGCCUGAUCGAGGAGCUCCGCGAGCUCGCUCCCAAGGGCAACCGCCGUAUCUCGGCCAACCCCGUCGCCAAUGCCGCCGGCAAGCGCGCCCUCCGCCUCCCCGACUUCCGCAAGUAUGCCAUCGAGAACAUCACCCCCGGUGUCACGUUCGCCAACGGCAUGACCACCAUGGCCGGCUGGCUGCGUGAUGUCGUCGGCGACAACCUCACCACCUUCCGCCUCUUCGGCCCCGACGAGACCGAGUCCAACAAGCUCGGCUCGGUCUACGCCAAGGGCAAGAAGGUCUGGCUCGGCGACUACCUCCCCGAGGACGACGACGGAGGAAACCUCGCCCACGAGGGACGUGUGAUGGAGAUGCUGUCCGAGCACACUUGCGAGGGCUGGCUCGAGGGCUACGUCCUCUCUGGCCGCCACGGUCUCCUCAACUCGUACGAGCCCUUCAUCCACAUCAUCGACUCGAUGGUCAACCAGCACUGCAAGUGGAUCGAGAAGGCCCUCGAGGUCGAGUGGCGCAACAAGGUCCCCUCGCUCAACAUCCUCCUCACUGCCGUCGUCUGGCGUCAGGACCACAACGGCUUCACCCACCAGGACCCUGGCUUCCUCGAUGUCGUCUCCAACAAGAGCCCCGAGGUCGUCCGCAUCUACCUGCCCCCUGACGGCAACACCCUGCUGUCCGUCAUGGACCACGUUCUCUCGAGCAGCAACUACGUCAACGUUGUCGUUGCCGACAAGCAGGACCACCUCCAGUUCCUCGACAUGGAGGAGGCCAUUGCCCACUGCACCAAGGGUGUCGGAAUCUGGGAGUGGGCGUCGGUCCGCCCCACCGAGGAGCCCGACGUUGUCAUCGCCUCGUGUGGUGACGUCGUCACCCAGGAGGCGCUGGCCGCCGUCGCCCUCCUGCACGAGCACAUCCCCGAGCUCAACAUCCGCUUUGUCAACGUCGUCGACCUGUACAAGCUCAUGUCGCACAACGACCACCCCCACGGCCUCACCGACAGAGAGUACAGCGCCAUCUUCACCGACGACAAGCCCAUCAUCUUCAACUUCCACUCGUACCCCUUCCUCGUCCACAAGCUCACCUACAAGCGCCCCGGCUCGGCCCAGCACCUCCACGUCCGCGGCUACAAGGAGAAGGGCAACAUUGACACGCCGCUCGAGCUCGCGAUCCGCAACCAGACGGACCGCUACACGCUCGCCAUCGACGCCAUCGACCGUCUCCCCCACCUCCGUAACCGCACCUCGGUCAUCCGCCAGCGUCUCAAGGACCUCCAGAUCGCCGCCGAGCACGACGCCUUUGAGAACGGCAUCGACCCCGAGCACAUCCGUACCUGGACCUGGCCCUUCGCCAAGACCAAGGCCGGUGUCACUGGUGACAACCGCGCCAAGGCCACUGGCAUCGGCUUCACCGAGUAAACAAAACUGUGACCGCUGGAGCUUAGACUGAGCACGAGGUCGAAAGAUUAGUCCAAACUAUUAUUUAGGAAACACAUAAGCGUAUAGCUAUGCAGGGUUUGUGGUCAGAUG